AUGCAAAUGCCGAUGUCGAGGCAAUUAACCUUGAACACCACGAAUUUCCUCCACUAUUUCUGCUAUUUCUUCCUUCUUUUGCUCAAAAAUUUUCCCCACAAUGUUAAUGCAGCGAAUAAUGAAGUUCUUGUACUGUUUUCAUGGAUCCAUUCUUCUCCUUCACCACCUUCUUCGUUUUCAAAUUGGAACCCACAAGACUCAAAUCCAUGUAAAUGGGCGUUCAUUAAAUGUUCUUCUGAUAAUUUUGUUACAGAAAUUGAUAUUCAAUCCAUUCAGUUUGCUGUAACCGUUCCUUCUAAUUUUUCCUCUCUUCAUUUUCUUGAAAAACUUGUCAUUGCUGGUGCAAAUCUCACUGGAACAAUCCCGCCUGAAAUUGGGGAAUGUAUUUCUCUUAAAACCCUUGAUAUAAGUUCAAAUAAUCUAGUGGGGAGUAUUCCAGGAGCCAUUGGGAAGCUUCAAAAACUGGAGGAUUUGAUACUGAACUCUAAUCAACUCACUGGAAAAAUACCAUCAGAGAUUGGGAAUUGUAUCAGCCUGAGAAAUCUUCUGGUAUUUGAUAAUAAGCUUAGUGGAAAUCUGCCUGUUGAGUUGGGAAAAAUUUUGUCUCUAGAAGUUAUAAGGGCUGGAGGGAAUAAGGACAUUGAAGGGAAAAUCCCUGAUGAAAUUGGGGAUUGUCAGAAUUUGGAAGUUCUGGGCUUGGCUGAUACAAAAAUUUCUGGCUCUAUCCCUGCUUCAUUGGGUAAGUUGAAAAAUCUUCAAGUUUUUUCAGUUUAUACUACAAUGCUUUCAGGGGAGAUUCCACCAGAUUUAGGCAACUGUUCAGAGCUAGUUGAUUUGUAUUUGUAUGAGAAUAAUCUUUCAGGUUCACUUCCAGGAGAGUUGGGGAAGCUUCAAAAACUGCAGAAAAUGUUGCUAUGGCAGAACAAUUUGAUGGGCUCUAUUCCUGAUGAAAUUGGGAAUAUCAAAAGUCUGGUCAUCCUUGAUCUUUCACUGAAUUUUUUUACAAGAAGUAUUCCUUGGUCUUUAGGGAAUCUUACAAAUCUUGAAGAGUUGAUGCUUAGUAGCAACAAUAUUUCAGGUUCUAUCCCGACUAGCCUUUCCAACGCCACAAGCUUAAUUCAAUUUCAGUUUGAUGCUAAUCAGAUUUCUAGUUCAAUUCCAUCAGAACUUGGAUUUUUGACACAGCUGGAGGUGUUUUUUGGGUGGGGUAACAAGCUUGAAGGAAGCAUUCCUGCCGCAUUGGCAGGGUGUAGAAGCCUUCAGGCGUUGGAUUUGUCACACAAUGCUCUCACUGGUAGUUUGCCCCCUGCCCUUUUUCAGCUUAAAAAUUUAACCAAGCUUCUCUUGAUUUUUAAUGAUAUUUCGGGUUUUAUUCCUCAAGAGUUAGGUGAUUGCAACUCCCUUAUUCGUUUAAGACUCGAAGGCAAUAAAAUCAGUGGACAAAUCCCGAAAGAAAUUGGUUUUUUGAACAACCUCAGUUUUCUUGACCUCUCUAAAAACCAUCUAAGUGGAUCACUCCCCAAUGAAAUUGGCAAUUGCAAAGAACUGCAGAUGCUGAACCUUGCCAACAAUUCGCUUAGUGGCAAUUUGCCAAGUUCUCUAUCUUCUCUUAGUAAGCUUGAGGUAUUGGAUGUUUCCAUGAAUCAAUUCGUUGGUCCAAUUCCAGGGAGUUUUGGUGAACUUUUUGCCCUUAACAGACUCAUUCUUAGCGGCAAUUCGUUAUCUGGGGCAAUCCCAUUGACCUUGGGGCAUUGUUCGAGGCUUCAAUUGCUUGAUUUAAGCAGCAACGGGCUGUUUGGCAGCAUCCCGGUGGAAAUUUUUGAAAUUGAGGCUUUAGAAAUUGCUUUAAAUUUGAGCUGGAAUAUCUUGACAGGGGUAAUUCCACCCCAGAUAAUUGCUCUCGACAAGCUUAAUGUAUUAGACCUUUCACACAACAAGCUCGGAGGAAAUUUGAUGGCUCUUUCGGGGCUUGUGAACCUUGUUUCCUUGAAUGUCUCCCAUAAUAAUUUCACAGGCUAUCUCCCGGACAAUAAACUGUUCAGACAGUUAUCAACAACUGAACUUUCUGGCAAUCAAGGCUUGUGCAUUGGGGGGCACGACUCAUGUUUCCUAAGCAAUGUACAAGGUGUGGGAAUGCCACAUGAUAGAAAUAUUAGAUUUUCAUGGAGACUCAAACUGGCUAUUGCGUUGCUCGUUGUUGUGACAGUAGCCUUAGCAGUUCUUGGAGUAUUAGCACUUCUUAGAGUUAGAAAAAUGAAUAAAGCAGAUAAUGAUUCUGAAUUAGGAGGCGGCGAUUCAAUGUCUUGGAAAUUCACUCCAUUCCAGAAGCUGAAUUUCUCAGUCGAGCAAGUUUUAAAAUGUCUCGUGGAAGCAAAUGUGAUUGGUAAAGGGUGUUCUGGAAUUGUAUACCGAGCAGAACUAGAUAACGCAGAAGUCAUUGCAGUGAAGAAGUUAUGGUCAACUACAAUAGAAGCUGGCUACAAUUGUCAAAAUGAUAGGUUGGGGGUUAAUGGAGUUCGUGAUUCCUUUUCAACUGAGGUUAAGACACUCGGUUCAAUCCGGCAUAAGAAUAUUGUGAAGUUCUUAGGUUGCUGCUGGAAUCAGAGCACGAGGUUGCUCAUGUAUGAUUACAUGCCUAAUGGAAGCCUAGGAAGUCUCCUUCACGAACGCAGUGGAGGCUGCUUGGAGUGGGACAUAAGGUACCGGAUUAUAUUAGGCGCAGCUCAAGGAAAGCAACCAAUAGAUCCUACCAUACCGGAAGGACUUCACAUUGUAGAUUGGGUGAGGCAGAAAAGGGAUCGAAUAGACGUGUUCAACUCAAGCUUACGAGCUAGACCUGAAACCGAGAUUGAAGAAAUGAUGCAAACCUUAGGAGUGGCUAUGCUUUGUGUUAACCCGUCCCCCGGUGACCGGCCUACGAUGAAGGAUAUAGCAGCAAUGUUGAAGGAGAUAAGGCAUGAAAGAGAGGAAACUUUGAAAGCUAAUUCUUCAAAUCUCAAAGGCUCAGUUAGUGAUGGACAAGAAACUAAGAGCUCCAAUGGAGGAUCAUCAUCAACAAUGAGCUUGUAUUUGCAAAGUAACAAUUCAAGCUUUUCUGCAUCUUCAUUGCUAAAUUCAGGUUCCUCCAAUGCAAAAUUUCGUUUGAAUAAAUAA